GGUCAGCAAAUAGCAGCACAAGAAGAAGAAGAAGAAGGACCUUCUUUCUGAAAAAAAAAAAAAACCUGCUAUCUUUUUCAAUUAGCAUUUUUUUUAAAUUAAAAAAAAAAACUAAAGAAAGAAAAGAAAUACAAGAGAAAUCAUGUCAAUCAAUCGAUCGGCGCUGCUUACCUUGUGUCUGGUGAUGGCCGCUUGUCUGGCCGAGCCCAUCCGCGAGAAACGAUCGCCGGAUGGACAUGGACAUCAUGGACAUCACGACCACGGUCACGAUCACGGACACGAUCACGGACACGGUGGUGGCGCUCCCAUUCACACGCCCGAUGUAGGCGCAUCAGCUUACGGUGGUCCAGUGGCCGUCCCCACUUACGACGCCCAACCGGCCCAGCAACAUCACGACCAUCACCAUCACGACGCCCAACCGGCCGCUCCGUCCUACGACGCUCAACCGGCUGCUCCUUCGUACGACGCUCCUCAGUCUUACGAGGCUCAAGCGGCUCCUUCUUACAGCGCCGCGGCUCCUGAAUAUGCCCCACCGGCACCUCAGUCUUACGAAGCUCCUGCAGCGCCAUCUUACAGCCCUCCGGCUCCCGCCUACAGCCCUCCGGCUCCGGCUUAUAGCCCACCAGCUCCAGCUUACACUCCUCCGGCUCCUGCUUACUCACCACCUGCCCCUGCCUAUUCGCCACCUGCCCCUGCCUAUUCGCCACCGGCUCCUUCCUACACCCAAGCCGCUCCCGUUUACAGCCCGCCCGUUCAAUCGUACUCCCCACCGGUUCAAUCCUACUCGCCUCCGGCCCAAUCUUACGGAGCUCCUCAGCAAUCUUACGGAGCUCCUCAGCAAUCUUACGGAGCACCGAGACCCAGCUACGGAGCUCCUAAGGCGCCCAAGAAGCCAAAGGGCAGCUACGGACCCCCUCAGCAAUCUUACGGAGCCCCGCAACCCACUUACGGAGCCCCCAUUCAAUCUUACGCUCCACCGCAGCCUUCUUACGCUCCUCCUCAGCCAUCGUACGCUCCCCCUCAACCUUCUUACUCGCCCCCGCAAGCGUCUUACGCCCCACCGCAACCGUCUUACGCUGCCCCGCAGCCGUCCUACGGAGCCCCGAGACCUUCGUACGGCGCCCCGAGGCCCAGUUACGGAGCGCCUAAGGCUUCCAAGAAGCCCAAGUCGAGCUACGGACCCCCGCAGCAAUCUUACGGAGCUCCUCAGCCAGCUUAUCACGCUCCCGCUCCUGCUUACGCUCCUCCCCAGCCCAUCUACAGCCCGCAGCCCGUUCAGCAGCAAGGCUACGGUCGUUAAAGCACACGCGUGAGUUCGCUGGUUGAUUCACGCAAAAUUUGGAAUUUCCUUAACUAUCGAUCUUUUAUAAUUACUCACCUUCAGCACACACUCCCGAUAUUUUGUUUUCUGUUUUUACCUUCGGAUUUUAUUCUUUUAGUUUCUCAUCCCCUGCAUCAGUCAUCCUUCUUUAACUAUCGCCAGUAUCUACCAACCAAUACCAAAAACAAAACAAAAGAAAGGAUAAUUCGUUUUUCAAGCAAAAUUAUUACAUCAAUUUUUAAUUAUACCUUCUUCUUUUUCUUUCCCCCUCUCUGAAUUUCACUGAUUGAAACUGUUUUAUGCAACAUGUCAGGUGUGACGCUCAGAUUGAAACAUUGCCCCACCCUCCUCAACAUCGUCUGUUGUAUAACUAUUUUUGCAAUCACAAAAAAGAAAAAUGAAUGACAACAGAAAUACAUCAAAAUGAAAAUCA